CGUCAACCCAUGGCCACCACACCGCUGCUUGCACUAGAUACUAGGCUUGCUCUCAUCCUUUCCACUCGUCGUCUUCCACGGCUUCCACGCCUUGCCUUGCUGCUGAUGCUACUCCAUUUCCUCCCCCGGUACAGCCUGACCCAACAAACGCACCCCCAAGCUACCAACGCACGCAAAGCACGGACGGGCGCAUACAGCUUUCCCUUUCGCGAGUGCGUGCCCCUUCUCUUCUCUAGUUCUCUUCUCCGUCGCGUCAGAGAUCAGGGAGAGACCAGAGCAAACAACAACCACCGCUUGUUUCAUCAAGAAUCGUGGAGGAGAACCGAAAGGUGUAGUAGCCUUUUCCGGUAGGGCAUCUGCUAGAGCCGGCCGGUUGAAGCAGGGGAGCGAGAGGAGGAGGGCAGCCGAGCAGGAGCAUCGCAGUGGUGGUUAAGCAGCAGCAACGACGACGACGACGACGCUGAGAGGUUUCCCCGUUCCCGACGGCACGUCCACCGAGGCGGCGCCAUCGCGAUGGGUCCUCUGGCGCCGCUGAGGUGUAACCCGCCGCCGCCGUUCUCCAAGUCGCCGGGGUCCCUGCUGCUGCUGUCCAAGUCGCUCACCCUCUACUGCUGAGCCGAGCCCCCUCCUCGAUCGGUUCCAUGGGCGCCGUGGCCUCGUCGGCGGGUGGGGCCCGGGGAGGCGAUGGCACGGUGCUGGGCGACCUGCCGGAGAACUGCGUCGCGGAGGUGCUGCUCAGGCUGGACCCGCUGGAGAUCUGCCGGAUGGCGCGGCUCAGCCGCACGUUCCGUGGCGCCGCGUCCGGGGACGGUGUCUGGGAGUCCAAGCUACCGAGGAACUACGCGCGCCUCCUCGCCGUUGCUGCGGCCGGCGAUGGGGAAGGUGGGCAGGCCGCCGCGUCGGCGCCGGGGGCAGAGCUGCUGCCCAAGAAGGAACUGUACGCGCGGCUUUGCCGUCGGAACCGUUUCGACGGCGGCAAAAAGGAGUUCUGGCUGGACAAGGGCGGUGGAGGUCUAUGUAUGUCAAUUUCUUCAAGGGCGCUUUCAAUAACAGGCAUUGAUGAUAGGAGGUAUUGGAACUUCAUUCCCAGUGAUGAAUCAAGAUUCCGCACGGUUGCGUACCUCUCGCAAAUCUGGUGGUUUGAAGUGAGAGGGGAGGUUGAAUUCUUCUUCCCAGAAGGCACGUACAGCCUAUUCUACCGCAUUCAUCUCGGCCGACCAUUCAAGCGUCUUGGCCGGCGAGUCUACAGCUCGGAGCACGUCCACGGCUGGGACAUGAAGCCGGUGCGUUUCCAGAUGUCGACCUCCGACGGACAGCAUGUUCAGUCCAAGUGCUACUUGAGCGAUCCCGGUAUCUGGAUCAACCACCAUGUCGGGGACUUCGUCGUGAAGGACUCGAGCAGGCCAGUGAACAUCAGGUUCGCGAUGAUUCAGAUAGACUGCACGCACACGAAAGGCGGCCUCUGCGUGGAUUCGGUCGUGGUGAAACCUCAGCACCUCUCGCAGAAAAAAGCGCCCUGGACUUACGUGUAGACUCGUCGAACAAGUUGCUGCUGCUGUCUAGGGAGGAGGGAUAUGAUCCAUAGUUUCCUUUUGGAUUGUUCUACUACCAGAUGUGCGUUUUGUUUACAGAAGUGCGGUUUUUUACAUUUGCACUUAUACGCGUAUUUUGCAGUCAUGUAAUGUAAUUGAAGGGGUAAGUGAUUUUUUUAGUUCCUCUUGUCCCCCCUAGGAACAUGUUGGACCUCUGUAAAUUGUUCGUUUGAACUUUGAAAUGUACAUCGGCUGUGUUCUGCC